GCCACAGAAGGCAGGAUCGGUGAUGACCUCCACCAUGGCCUGGUCCUUUCUCCUCCUCACCCUCCUUGCUUAUUGCACAGGGUCCUGGGCCCAGUCUGUGCUGACUCAGCCACCUUCAGUUUCUGGGGCCCUGGGCCAGAAGGUCACCAUCUCCUGCUCUGGAAGUUCAUACAACAGUUUUUUGGGUGUGAACUGGUACCAACAGCUCCCAGGAAAGGCUCCUAAACUCCUCAUAUAUGCUGGUAGCAAUCGACCCUCUGGUGUCCCUGAACGAUUUUCUGGCUCCAAAGCUGGUGACUCAGGCUCUCUGACCAUCAAUGGGCUCCAGGCUGAGGAUGAGGCUGAUUAUUACUGCCAGUCCUUUGAUCCUAGUCUCCAACUUUUUGGCCAAGUCAGCAGCUGCUCUUUUGAUGUAAACAGGGGAGCAGACUCUCAGAAUGUGGUGACCCAAGAGCCAUCACUGACCGUGUCUCCCGGACGGACAGUCACACUCACCUGUGCCCUUAGUUCUGGUUCAGUCUCUAUGGGUAACUACCCCAGCUGGUACCAGCAGACCCUAGGCCAGCCUCCUCGCAUGAUUAUCAACAGCACAAAUGGCUGCCCCUCUGGGGUCCCUGACCGCUUCUCUGGAUCCAUCUCUGGGAACAAAGCCGCCCUCGCCAUCACGGGGGCCCAGCCCGAGGAUGAGGCUGACUAUUACUGUGUUCUGUAUUCUGGUGGUUAUACUUACACAGUGAUUUACAUCAAUGGGGAAGUGCAACCAGAACCUCCUCAUGGGCUCAUAACUGCUCAGUCUUAG